CUGCACCUCGAAGCGACGCUCGUUAAGCGACAUCAGCCAUUCUUCAACGUCCGGCUCAAAGACGACAAACACUAUCCCUACCUGAAGAUCGAUGUCGAUGCACCCUGGCCUCGGGUGACAAUCACGCGCCGCGUCGCCAAGGACGGCGGGCGCUACUUCGGCCCCUACGCCUCGGCCAAGUCGGUGCGGACGACGCUCGAUCUGGUCAAGAAGCUCUUCCCCUGGCGCUCCUGUGACAAGGAGAUCACCGGCUCCGAUCCCCGACCCUGCCUCGAGUACUACAUCCGCCGCUGCAUCGCGCCAUGCACAUCCUUUUGCACUCCCGACGAGUACAAGGAAGUGAUCGACCAGACCAUGCUCUUCCUCGACGGCAAGAGCGAGACGGUCGUCAAACAGCUCAAGACAUCAAUGACCGACGCGGCCGAGGAGUUGAACUUCGAACGUGCCGCGCAGCUUCGCGACCAGAUCACCGCGGUCGAGCGAGUCACCGAGACGCAGCUCACCGCGGACACGUCGGCCGCCGAAAUCGACGUCUUCGGCCUCGCAGUCGACGGCGACGAGGCAGUCGUCCAGGUGCUCUUCAUUCGCGGUCAGAAGAUGGCCGGCUCCGACCACUUCAAUGUGGCCGGCGUCAAGGAUGAAUCGAGCGCCGCGGUCGUCUCAUCAUUCCUGCGCCAACACUAUGAAGGUGCGUUGCAACCUCCGAAACUGGUGCUGAUUCCCGACGAAAUCGAAGACCUGGAUCUGCUGCAAUCGUGGUUGACAGAGAAGCGCGGAACGAAGGUUGAGGUCCGGCAUCCACAGCGAGGCGACAAGCGACGCCUGGUCGCGAUGGCCACCGAGAACGCGUCGGAAACGCUGGCCAUGUCCCGCGUCCGCUGGAUGGCCGAUCGCGGCCGCACCGACGCGGCGCUAACGGAGGCUCCAACGUCGUCGCCUCCAUGGUUGUCUUCCUCGACGGUCGGCCGGCAACGAGCGAGAUAUCGGCGCUUCAGGAUCAAAACCGUCGACACGACCGACGGUCCCAACGACUUCGCAUCCAUGGCCGAAGUCAUUCAGCGACGCUUCAAGCGGCUGGGAGAGGAGCGCCGAGCCGAGCGGGCCAAGGGAUUCGACGUCCCCGAUCAGCCUGACUCGCCCGCAACUGAGGAUGAAGAGCGGGACGCGCAACCGGAAUCGGAAGGCUGGGGUGCAAUCCCCGACCUCGUGAUCGUCGACGGCGGACGCGGUCAGGUCUCAGCGGCACACGACGUGAUGCGCAAUCUCGCCGUCGACGACAUCCCACUCGCUGGCCUGGCCAAGCGCGAAGAGCUGCUAUAUCAGGUCGACUCAGCCGAUCCGGUCAGGCUCGAUCGUCGCUCGCAAGGCCUCUACCUCGUGCAGCGAAUCCGCGACGAAGCUCACCGCUUCGCCAUCUCAUAUCACCGCCGCCUGAGAGCCCGCCAGACCUCGCAAAGCACCCUCGACCGAAUCAAAGGAAUCGGCCCCAGGCGAAAGAAAGCCUUGCUGCGAAAGUUCGGCUCUUUGCAAGCAUUGCGCGAUGCAGACGUCACCGACAUCGCAGCAACUCCUGGCAUGACUCAACGGCUUGCAGAACAGCUCAAGCUAGAGCUCUGA